AUGGCCUCACAAAGCAGUCAAGAAACCAAAGAAAUCUACGACAAAAUUUCCUCCAAAUACGAUCUCAUUCAAUUCCAUCCCAAUUACAAACACAUCACUGGACCCACGUUUUUAAAACAUUUCAAUCAUUCCCUACAACAUGUAUCAACAUCAAACACUCCCAAGAUUAAAUUGUUGAAUUUAGCAUGUGGUUCUGGACAUGACACAUUUUCACUUUGGAAUCAAUUCCACUCUCAACUUGAAGCCAUUCUUUCUGUCGAUCUUUCUCCUGAAAUGAUUAAUAUUGCCAAUCAGAGUAAACAGAAACGAAUGGAGAAGAAUCAUCUUUCUCAUUUUCCAGUUCAUUUCAUUGUUGGAGAUGUUUUAGAAUUGGACAAGAAUGAAGCAAUGAAACAGUGGAUCCAUCAACAUUUAGAUCCAUCCACAUCCUCUUCUGAAACUGCAUGUUUUGAUCUUGUGAGUGCUUGUUUCCUUCUUCAUUAUUCUUCAAGUGUGGAAGAAUUGGAAACGAUGUGUGAACAAAUUUCAAGAGUGUUGAAACCAGGAGGUUCUUUCGUGACAUUGAAUACUGAUCCAUUUCUCAAUCAAGCAUUUGUUAGUGAAAAACAACAAACUUUUGGAUGUUUUCGAUCUCAAUUUCCAACAGCUGAAAAAGAAGGAAGAAGUGUCAUGAAAGACGGAGAUCGAUUUGAAUUUUCAAUUGAUUUGAAUUUCAAUGAAGAUAACAAACAUGAAGAUUAUGUGGUGAAAUUUUUCAAUCAUCAUUUCAAUGCAGAAACGUAUGAAAAAUCAUUGAAGAAGGCUGGAUUUCACACUGUCAAAUUUCAUCCCAUGGAAAUGAUUGGAACACUUCAGAGAAAGGACUUGCAAAAUUUUGGAAAUUAUUUGGAGCAUAACGGAAUGAUUUGUAUUGAGGCGUUCAAGUAA